AGUUUAUGAGUGAACUCCGUCAUAAGCGCAUGCGCAGUAACAGCCAGAAAGUGAUAGCAGAGCAGCAGGAUGGAUCCCCUGGCGAUGAUGCUACAUGUAAAGACCUGAUAGACGGCCAGUUCUCCACCUGAAGCUCGAAAUGGGGAAAGGCUGUAAAGUUGUGGUGUGUGGCCAGGCAGCAGUGGGGAAAACUGCCAUCCUGGAGCAGCUACUGUACGGAAAUCACACUGCAGGCUCAGAGUCCAAUGAGACCCAGGAGGAUGUGUAUGUGGCCUCAGUGGAGACUGACCGAGGUGUGAAGGAGCAGCUGAGGCUUUAUGACACCAAAGGCCUCCACGAUGGUCAAGACCUCCCCAAACACUACUACACAGUGGCAGACGGCUUCGUGCUCGUGUACAGCGUGGACAGUGUGGAGUCUUUCAAGAAGGUGGAUGUACUGAAGAAGGAAAUAGACAAGUCCAGAGAUAAGAAAGAGGUGACGGUUAUAGUUCUGGGGAACAAGACAGACCUGCGGGAGCGUCGUCAGGUGGACCAGGAGGUGGCGCAGCAGUGGGCUCGAGGAGAGAAGGUGAAGCUUUGGGAGGUGAGCGUCACCGAAAGAAACACCCUCAUCGAACCGUUCACCCAGCUGACCAGCCGCCUCACGCAGCCUCAGAGCAAGUCUUCCUUCCCUCUGCCGGGACGCAAAAGCAAAGGCACCCCCUCCAAUGACAUCUGAAGCUCUGAAGAAACCCUCAUACAAACACAUACAUACACAUACUCCUCUCUGCUUCUGUUAGCAGGCUGCGUUCACCUCACAUGGGUAUAACCAGAUGGACAACAUGAAUUUAUCUUUAUAUUUAUCUUUGCUUAAAGCGUUCUGCCAGUAUUGACCACUUUUUGCACAAUCUAAGAUUCCCUCAGGCACGCUUAGAAAAUGUAUGUUUUUCUGCUUUCCACUGAGAGUUGGAUGAGAGCAUUGACAUUGUGUCUGUAUGCUGGUGGCAAAGAUGAAGUCAGGGUGUAGUUCACCAAGCUCUGCAUGGAGUCAGGAAGAAGUGAGACACAGCCUGGCUCAAGGGGAAGUCAAAAUGAUGCCUACAGGCACAAACAAAGCCUGUGUAUCCAAAUCUGAUUUGCUUAUUCUGCUGUCACACAGAAAUUAAGGAACAUUUGUAUGCUUUAAUGUGCAACAACUUCCCCAAAACAACAGGUUAUCCACCUGCCCUAAACUUCUGUUCAAUAUCUCCGGUGUAGUGCAAGCUGCAGGUACAGUCAGUGAGCAUAGGUGCUCUUCUUGUAGUCUGAGCAGACAUGAGAGGACCAAACCUGGCAACCUCACUGUGAAGUCUUCUGGAAGUCGUGCCAAGCCUCUUUUUUCUGCGUGUUGCUUGUUUUUAUUUUGUCAGGAUAGAACAUGAAAGUACCAGAGGAAGAAAUGUGUCCAAACUGCUUCUGUGUCAAAUUUUCUGAAGUUGUCAGUUUUGGUUCUUUCAUGUCUGCAGAGAGACCAAAACUAAAACCUCUGUUCACCAACUGUAUCAUUACAACCUUGUGCCAUGGCCGUGCAGAAGUCUUGGGUGGAUAGAUGAACUGUUGCUUGUAGAGCUAGUAGGCUAAUUUCCCUCCAGUGUUUAUGUCGAGCUGUGAUAACCACAUCCUGACUCUCGCUCUGAGCUUCACACACAGACAUGAGAUUGACAUUUGUAUCUCCGUCCUAGUUGUACCUGAUCACCCACAUUUCGAGGAACUGAAUCAGUUUUCUGUUGAGGGCUUGACACUUCAGCGUUUCUUACAUCUCCUUUGAUGAGAAACCCUUAAAAAAAAGAAGCUUUUGAAACACCUUCAUAGACGUACCAAAGAUUUGAGACGACCCAAACACAGAAUAUUUAGAUUGUGAAAUAACUCAGAUGUUUUUCUUCCAUUUCAACUCAAAUGCGUUCAUCAUUUCAAGGUAUAAGUUGGGUUUAUGUUUUAGCAUCUUACAAAACUCUUCCCCAGUGAUCCCAAUCAAAAGAAACUAAAGAUAUACUGGGGAAAAGUCGACAUAAAGUCUGUCUUAAACUAAGGCUCAACAUUUACAUAUUUUGGAGUCUAAAGUUACUUGGAGACAAAAAAGUUGUGGAGCUGCUCCUACUUCAGCCAACAGCUGUGAAACUGGCAGUGAUGACUGCAACAUAACUCUUGUGGGUAAAUGCACCAGAUCAAAGUACGCCCUCUAAAAGUUCUUGUUGUUGUCACUGACCGGCUCUGAUUGUUAGUCAAAGUGUCUGACAACAUUAAAGAAAGGACCCUUACAGAGGUGAUCCUGUUACAUGAAGAGUGAGAUGAUUGUUUGAACCCAGAAACAGCCGUUACAACUCUUCAGAGCCACCAGACUCCUCUGUGAAAAUCAGUGAUUUUACAAUGCAGAAUGCAGGAGUUGCUGUUUCACCGCUGCCUAGAUUGGUUAGUUAGUUUGUGUUUUUUUGUGUGACAUAAAUAUUGUAAAAUUGUUGGUUUACUCCAACACAAUGUUUCUGUAUCAUGAAAUAACACAAUCAAACAUACAGAUCAAGUCAGUGGUAGACCAGCAACUCCUGCAUCCUGCACGGUAUAAUCACAGUCUGACAGUGUAGUGUGGUGGCUUUGAAGAGAGAGGUGUGACAGCUGUUUCUGCUUUAAUAUAAGAAACAUUUCCAAAUCAGCAAGGUUCAUCUAUGGAUGGAUAAAUCCUGUGUUGUUGUCAGACACUUGGAAGAACAAUCUGAGGCUGUCAGCGGCAAAAACAAGAAUUUUAAUCAGACGUCCUUCAAUGUGGGGUAUAUUCCAACAAGGAUUGCUUUGCAGCCAUUAAAGCUGUUUUGUGGCUGCUAGAUGAAGAAAUAACCGGAGUAAUUCCAACACUUUAUUUGUAUUUAUUUUAUAUUUAGAUCCCAAAAUAUGAAAGGGAAAAAAACAGCAUUUACAUGGUCUUAUUUUGGCACUUGAAGCCUGCUGUUUGGUUUCUGUGAAUUGUUUUUUUUGUAGAAUUUGAGCCUCAUUUCUUACAUCAAAUAUUGAUCUGUCAUUUUUUCAGCCUACAUACUGGCAUGUUAUUGUUAUUUUAAAUCACACUGCAGGAACUGUGUAGUAAGCUCUGUCAGUUAACCUUUUCCCUCUGCAGUCUAAUUACAAACAGGAACCUGGAUGUGUCAUGUUAUUUCCCUUGUGAAGUGAAUGCAGCAUGAAUCUUCGGUCCUCCUGCAGGACUCAGCUCGCCUUCGUCCAGCCCAUCUCAUGUACUAAGUAUGGCCUGGCAGCAAUAACAUUCAUGGUACUGCCUUCAAUGUGAUGUAAGGUUUCAUUAGGUUUAGUCUUGCGUUAGUUGCACUCUGGUGUCGUCCAGCCCGUGUUAUGAAACGGCGCUGCUAGGUAAAGCUGUGUGUUAGCCUUUCUAACAGUAGAAAUGUCCGUGUUGAGAGGAAAUAUUUAUUUUUUAACUAAUUUAUUUUUGUCACUUUAAUGAGCCACAUUCCUUGACUUGUGAAAAUGUUGAAUCAAUGUGAAGGAUGAUCUGUGCUGUUUUCUGUGUCCUUAAUGUUUCAAAGUAAUAACAUCCAAAGGAAACUUGUGGUAUGUUAGAACCUGGGCCAGACUUUUACAGGAGUAGUGGGGACAAAAGUUUGAGGAGUGAGCAGCACGACAGGCUGUAACGGCUGCUGUGUAAUCAAUGGAGACAAAUGUGCUCUAUCAAAAUUCGUCCACUGAAAGUGCUUGUUUUUCCCACUGAGAGGCUCUUAUUGAUUAUCUAGGUGUCUCUCAAAAUUACAGGAAGAAUCCCUAUCAAGAGAAACAUUUAGAUGCUAUUUUUUACCCACAGACAACCCAUUCACUGCUGUCUCCAAAGCCUCCAGACUCCAUUGUAGGAAACAGUCAUUGAAUCUAACAGAAUACGGGAGUUGCUGCUCUACCGCUGCCUCAAUCGGUUAGUUGGUUUGUGUUUUUCUGUGUUACAAAAAUAUUGUGAAAUGGCUGGAUCAAUGACGCAAUGUUUUUGUAACAUGAAAUAACCCAAUCAAACUUAGCGAUCAAGUCAGUGGUAGACCAGCAACUCCUGUUUUAUGUAUGGUAAAAUGAAUGUUCUGUCGAUGGGGUCUGGUGGCUUUGAAGAGAGCGUUAAAACAGCUUCAAUAAAAAAAACAUAUAAAGAACAUUUUGUAGGGAGGACUCCUGUAACACUUACAAGAACAAUCUGAGCUUCUGAAGCUGGAAACACACUCAUAUCCAGCCACCAGACUCCAUUGACACAAACAUCAACUCUAUCUUGGAGAAUAUGUGAUUUGCAAGUCCACUGCUGCCUCUUCUGGUUGGUUUCUUUGUGUUACUGUGUGACUUUGGCGGUCAAAACUAUUUCUACAUCACACAAUAACACAAAGGAACUGACCAAUGGAGGCAAGAGUAGACCAGCAGCUCCCAUGUCCUGCAAGGUAAAAUCAGUGUUUUUGUCAGUGGAGUCUCGUGGCUUUGAUUCUGCUGUGUAAAAUUUCAAACAAAAUCAGGGAUCCUUUCUGUAGGGUUGCCAGACACGUGGAGUAACAAUCUGAGCCUGUCAGAGGCCAAAACAAGACAACAUUUAGUGAACGUGCUUUGGUUUUGUGCACCUGCCAACAAUGAUUACGCUGCAGCUUUUAUAGCCUGUUGCAGAGCUGCUAGCUUAAAAAAGUGAACUAAAACUGUAAAAGUAGGGAGCAGGUUCAAAAAUACUUGAAUUCCCUUUGAUCUGCUGCUAGUAAACAGAGUUCCUGAAAGCACUCUGUGUCAUGCUAACCUUUUAUGAUUCUCUGCUCUGUAACUCCGUCUUAAGAUGCACUGAAUAAAAUGUAGCCUCUUCAUAUUUA